AUGGCUACUCAAGUCACCCAGCUGCCUACGCAGAACGCGAAUGCUAACAACAAGCGCAAGCGGGCAGUUGGCGAUCAAGAAGCUGGACGCAAUGUGAAGACACAGAGCACCAAUGGCGACCAUGAACCCAGCUAUGCUGCACUUCUCCAGGGUAUUGAAGGUGCCUCCCUUCCAGAAGCCGAUGACAGCACUCGCACAGCUCAAGCUGCCCUUGCCACCCCAAUGGGACAGUCCACCUAUCCGGAGCCAGGUUCGUUCGAUGCCACUGCUGCCCUGCCAAGCGGUUUCGACGAAGGCAGUCCAUCAACCAACUUUGCUUCUGGCCCUCAAGCUUUGAUCGAUGCUCGUUCAGCCAACAAUGCCAACAAGCCACCAGUCGGAACCCAGGAGUGGCACCAACAACGCAAGGACAACCACAAAGAAGUUGAAAGACGCCGCCGUGAAGUCAUCAAUGAGGGUAUUGAGAACAUCGCCAAGAUUGUCCCAGGUACCGAGAAGAACAAGGGAGCUAUUCUUCAGCGAACUUGUCAAUACAUUACCGAACUUCAGACCAAGGUCAAUGCCUUUGACAAUGAACGAGCUACCUUUGAGAUCGCCCUAAAAGAGCUCACCACCCGUCUCGACCGUGUCAGAGAAAGUUCACGUACCGCCUGGGCCGACAGUGUCAAAUGGCAACAACGUGCUCGUGACGCUGACCUCCAUUUCGACGAUUAUGAUGAAGCUGCUCUUUCCGGUCUUGUGGUUGAUGAUGUCAAUGUUACGACCGACUCUUGA